AUGCCCGCCAAGUCCGCUGCCAAGCAAACCCAAAAGGCUGUCCAACAAGCUCCCCAGCAACAAAGAGCGCAACCUGCCAAGGCUGCCCCGUCGCCGGCCAAGGCGGCCGUGCAACCCGUCCAACCACAAAAACAGACGCAACAGAAAAAUGGUGGUCCCCAAAAGCAAGAAAAUGCAUCGCCCAAGCAAAGCCAGGUGUCCAAGGCGGCGCCUGCAUCGGCCCCUCUGGCCAAGCGGGUGUCCUUGACUCCGUCGCAGCAAGUGGAGCAGCAGCAAAUCCUCAACAUCUUGCUGGACGACGCCGGCAAGGAUUGGAAGCCCCGUGACAAGACGCCCAAGCAGCCUAUUCCCAAGCACGCCACCAAGCAAAAGGGUGGUAAGCAGCAGAAGGCCCCCGUGAAGCAACAGAAGGCUGCUGCCCUGAAGGUCCCUGCGCAGAAAGCUGCGCCAUCGCAGACGGCCCCCAAGCCCCUCGUCAAGCGUGCGCCGCUGACCCAGGCUCAACAGGUGGAGCAGCAGCAAAUCCUCAACAUCUUGCUGGACGAUGCUGGCAAGGACUGGAAACCCCGCAACAAAACCGCGCCGAAGCAGGCGUUCAAGAAGCCUGCCGGUCAAAAGGCCAAGGCGCCACAGAAACCCAAGUCGGCUCCUGCGAAAGUCCAACCUGCGGCUCCCAAGGCCGCCGCCGCCCAGCCUCAGCAGAAGCCGGCCCUGUUGACCCGUCGCAGCUCUCUGACGGACGCCCAGAAGAAGGAAAAGCGGGAAAUCAUGGAGAUCCUGUUGGACCCGUACGUGUUUGUGCCCGCUCGCAUCACUCACCGAGGCUCGGCCACGCAAGCCAAGGCGGAAUUGCACAAGGUCGGCAAUGCCGUCGUCGUGUCGAAUCCCCCCGUGGGUCCGAACGAAGACAUGAGUGGGUUUGUGACAGUCAAGUCGCGCCGCACGAGUAUCAAGGAGAAGAAGGACUUGCGCAGUGAACAAGACGCGAUUCUCUCCGUCUUGGUGGACUUCAAGGAGCCCGUCAAGCAAACCAAGAACCAAAAGGGCAACAAGCAACAAACGCCGACCAAAGCCCAGUCUGCCCACCAGCAAAAGGUCCAACCGACCAAACACAUCACAGCCAACGGCAACCAACGCCGGGCCAAGCUCGCCACGUAGACGACGAUAGGAUAGCCUCACAUUAUUCAAUCGAUUUGGAUUGCAUCCUCCAGUCCACACAGCUGU